GAGUCAGACACAGAACUGAACAUUGGCGUUGAUUUCGACUGUAACCAAUUUUAGUUUUUUUGUUUAUUUUAUCCUUUACUUUAAGGGCAUCGAUAUCGUGGUGUGCUUAUAUUUUAUUUUGUAUUUUUUCACCACAAAAGUCAACAGGAUGGAACUUAAUUCUCUUUUAAUUCUCCUUGAGGCUGCAGAAUACUUGGAAAGAAGAGACAGAGAGGCAGAACAUGGUUACGCUUCUGUUUUACCGUACAAUAGCGACUUUUCCAGAAAGAAAACGAAAGCAUCACCAAUUUCAAGAAAAACUCAGAACAAUAGGUCGUCGCACAAUGAACUGGAGAAACAUAGACGUGCCAAACUGCGGCUGUACUUGGAGCAGCUGAAGCAGCUGGUGCCUUUGGGUCCCGACAGCACCAGACACACCACACUGAGCCUGCUCAAACGGGCCAAGAUGCACAUCAAGAAGCUGGAAGAGCAGGACAGGAAGGCCCUGAAUGUGAAGGAGCAGCUGCAGAGAGAGCACCGCUACCUCAAACGGCGUCUGGAACAGCUGUCUGUACACGGCGCUGAGCGCAUCCGCACCGACAGCAUGGGCUCCACCAUCUCCACCGACUCAGAGCAAGACGUGGACAUCGAGGGCAUGGAGUUGACCCCGGGCGAGGGGGACAGUGUGGACAGCGUGAGUGACGUGGAGGACCACUACAGCCUGCAAAGCAGCUCCAGCGACGGCAGCUACGUACAUUCCCACAGACACCAGCCUCACGUCUGCUAGGGUCCCUCCUCCUCCUCCUCCUCCUCCUCCUCUCCUCCUCCUCCGCUGCCGCCGCCGCCUCCUCCAUCCACACGGCCACCAGCGGCCCGGCCCAGGCCUCAGCUUCAGGAAAGCGGCCUUUCUGCCCCCCUCCACCCGUCCCCCACCACCAGCCCAGCCCCCCCCCCCUGCAGCUCUGCUCCGACCCCAUCACAGCCCCCCCCCCCCCUUCCUCUUCCUCUCCUAGCCCAGCCCACUACCUGUUGUUGCCACAGGCGCAGAUAGAGAAAGCAGUUUGUGGUUUUUGGUUGGGAUAUUGGUGGCUUUAUGGCUUGGUACAGCUUUGACUUGUCAACGAAUGUGCUGACUGUGUGUGUGUGUGCGUGUGUGAGUGUGUGUGUGUGUGUACGUGUGUUGAGAGAAAUGACAAGAGACCGAGUGAGGAAAAGAAAAAAGACUUCCUGAUUUGGAUGGGCCUCAGUUGAAUAGGAGUGGUCUAAAACUUGAACUUAGCAUGACGCACUCUGUGGCAUCACACUGGCAGAUUCUGCUGAAAGGGGACGUGUGGGAAAGACCAAACGAGAAGCACUUCCUGUAGUCCUCAGUGUACUAAAGCUACACACGUGACCUCAGUACCUUAUUAGUGUGUACCAGCCCAAUGAAACCUCAAGCCUGAGUGUGUUUUAAACCCAGUCCUGCGUGUGGGGUUCGUCUGUCUCUCAAUCCCUGCAUUGCUGUCCACUCCGUGGUGCACUACUACUGCAAGGAUGUUCCACACUGUUCUCAGAACAGGUGUGAUGCCUCUAGCCUUACAAAUGUCUUGACUUCACUUUCCAACGACUGAGCUAGGCGCAGACCCCGAGGUGCGUAUCUCCAGAACUCUUCCAUGACCUUGUUUUAUGAUAAUGACUUGCUCAGUAGCAGUGAUGUAGCAAUAACGCGGAGAGCUGCGUGCUUUCUCCAGACUUUGGCUCGGUUCUGGAGACGAGGAGGUGAGACACUAACAGAGGAGACGCAUUCACUAAGUCACCCUGCUCUCCUCUUCUCCUCCUCCUCCUCCUCCUCGGCCUGUUCUCCUGACGCUGCCCAUGCUCAAACCACAGGGUGCUUCGACCGAAAGCACUGCACUCCCUGUCAGGUCUCCCACCUGUGUGUGUGUGUUUGUGUGUGUGAUCAUAUGUGUUUUCGGUCAGCAUGGAGUUGACAAGUCAAAGCUGUCCUGAGAAAAAAGAAUACAAAAAACGAAUGGAGGAGAAAACGCCAGCUUUUACGACGAUCGCUCUCUGUGGAGGAGUGAAUACUACCCAUGAGAUGUACACUGUUUUAGUAACCUGACUCUUGAGUAACCCCUCUAGACCUUAUCUGUCAAAUGAUGACACGGCUUUCAGGAGUGUUUUGGGCAUUGCAAAAGCAGAUUGGUCAGUGGAGGGUCCGUGAGAACCCUGCAGGAGUGGGCACCGAGUGUGGUGCCCGUCCGUGGUGCGCGGUCACUCGCUCCCUCUCGACCACUCGGCUAGCCACAGCAGAGGCACUUCCAGCUGCGCUUCUCUCCCUCCGCCAGCUGCCGGUCGUAGCGCUUGGCAUCCAACACUUCAGAACAGGACCAGGCCUCCCCGGCAGGCAGGUCUGACCAAAAAAAAAAGGAGAUGAAAAGUAAAAAAAAAAAGAAACACCUGCAUUAAAAAGUAAAAAAAAACCUAGCUAUCGAUCACUAAAAGUGGUUUAGAGCGUGUAGUCUAUAUUUCCUGUAUUAAAUUUUGUAUUAUAUUUUCCUAAAUGUUCCUAAUGAAAAGACAAAAAAGAAGAGUAUAUCUAUAUAUAUAUGAGAGACGAGAGACAGGAGGCCAGGCUAGUCCAGGGGAGAGCUGGCGACUGUAGGUCUCCCCGGCUCUCCCGCUGUCAUUCUGUGCCUUUGGUGAGCCUUGGUGACUGUCGUCAUCUGCCCCGCCCCGUCCCUUCCCCUCCCACCCUCGCAUCCCUCUCUCCCUCCCUUCCUCCAUCCCUCCAUCCAGCCCUACUCAGGUCUUCGCCCUGUCGGACACUCCCGCUGCCCCCUGACGCUAGUCCAUCCCCAGGCCUGGGGGGUGCAGUGGGGCAGGCCUGGCGUGAUGCCUUGCCAAACAGUGCUGAGUGAUGGGCACGUGGGUACAUGAAGAACCAACAAAGAAUCUCCCAUCAUUCCUGUGCCUCCAUGCAACUGCCCCCGGCCCCCGGCCUGCCACCCAGAGCACACAGUUGGCAGCUGUCAGUAUCCCUGCCCUCCAUUUUGGGAUGACCACCCCGCGGCCCCUCCCCCCAGCCCUGCGUUGCCCUGGACGUCUGACACUCAUUCUUCAUCCCCCCGCCCGCCCGCCUCACACUUUGUGCUUCUCGUUAUUGCAACAUUGCUUUGUUUGUUUCAUUUCUUUCUUUUCAUAUUUGAAAAACAAAAAACAAAAAAAACAAUGAGGUGGAGGCCACUGGGAGAAGAGCAACAAAAUCUAAUCAAUAAUGGCAGCUCGAGGUGUUCCCCUGCCCUCUCCUGGUGGCUCUCCCGGCCAUAGUGUUCAUGUGUGCCCCAUGGGAUCGUGGGUACGGAUCCCCCUCAGUCACGAGGCGCAAUACAGCAAUAUGACCAUCUUGUGCUUUCUGUUGGAGGGAAGAGGGGGGGGGGGGGGGGGGGGCUGACAAGUGGGAUUGCUUCAACUCUGUGGUGCAUUUUGUGACCAACUCUUUUGACAUUGAUUUGUUGUACCUCUCCACUCUCUCAUACACUGAGGUAGAGAGCCAAGAGUGUUUUGUUCUUUUUGAAAAAGCUAAAACAUGUUGUUUCAUGAAGAGUUUACAUUCAUGUUGAGGAAAUACAUGACUGUUAGUAGCAAAAAUGUGUUUUUAUCAGUUUGUUGUUUAAAGAACAACUGAGUGACAUGUUAAAAACAAUUGAAAAAAAAAAUCAUAACUCUUGCACAGAGCCUCCCGUAUGCAAUGUUAAAUUGGGAUUUAACUGAAUGGUAUUUGUGGGCCAGAUAUGAGAUUCUGUUUUUCAGCAGGCGUCAUUUUUAAAGGUUACAUGUGUCACUUUCAGUAUUUGUGAUGAGUUAGCUCGAGUGUGACACUGCACACUUCUGAAAGACCACUGAAUGCACGAUAGUGUCCAUGAAAGUCCUUUUUGGUGAUGUGCCUUCGAAAACAACAUGAACCGAGAUUGUACAUUGUGACUAGAGAUUACAGCCACAGCUUGUGUUUUCUUGAAGCUCCGGAGCUAGUGAGUGUGCACCUAUCACAGGUGGAUCACAGAUGGAAUCACCAAGCUAGUCCAGGUCUGAGACAUCAGCAGUCCAGUCACAAUGAGGGGGUGGAAGACAGAGGAAAUUGAUAUCAGGAAGAAAAGAAUGAUUCUUGUGGUGCUGUGCGAUCAUCAACCCCCCUUCCUUCAACCAAAUGUCACCUACUGAGGCAGGCAAUGGGCUGCCAGUCAAAACAUGUCAGCUCUUGUGAGGGGGCCGUCUAAGAGCCCUCAGCACUGAAAUCCAUCAGUGUGUUACUUCUGUAUGUGUGUGUGUUAGCAUGUUUGGAUCAGCACAAAUUGAACAGCAUGAUGGUGAUUGAGGUUGUCUGAGUGAUGAGAGCUGCCAGGAGAGGAGAGUCAGGGGAGGGGGUGGAGGGGGGGUUAAGUUGGGGUGGAUGCAAGACGGCACUCCAGACGUAGGGCUAAGAGAGGAGAGGGUGCGGACAGGGACACAGUGGGGCAUUCCUGCUGUUCCUCUAGUUCUCUACAGAUACGCUAGAAGAAGAGACAAAAACCCUCACUUCAUAAUUAUAAAUAUAUUCCUGCCAAAUAAUUUGUCACUUUGAUUCAUCUGCACCCGCUCUUAAAGUUGUUUGAGAGGGUGUCUCUUGUAAUUCCAUAAUAGCUUUACAUAUAAAUGUAGAUUUCUAUUUUAGUGGAUGUAUUCUCUUGUUUACCCAGUCUACAGCCCACCCCCUGUCAUUGUGAGAUUAGAAUGGGUCCUCCACGGUGGAGUCUGGAGUGUCUUUCCUGAGCUUUUGCUGUUGUCCUGUGUCAAGUGGAGAAAGAACAGAGAGCUGUGCACGAGUGGGAGGGCAGGGGAAGGGAAGGGAAGGGAAGCCAGGGUGCUCGCUGGGGGAUUUGGCAUUGUGGUCACUGAGCAGGGAGAGUUCUGUGCCCGAGACCUGUGAAUAUGUUUCCUUUAGAAGAUGUGUAAUAUGCAUACAGAAGAUGUGUUAUAUUAUAUAAGUUCCUUUUGUGUACACAUAAAGUACCUGGUGCUAGCUACAUUUUCUAGCACACACUUGAAGGUAUUGUGUAUUCUUUCAUUGUAAUAUAAGUAAUUAAAAUGUUUUAUACAUA